GUCAUCUUGACUCAUCAUGGUUACAAACAUGAAAAAAAAAAAGUGCAAUGAGGUGUGGAGACCAUUCAGCUCCCUAUAUAAAAGACAAAUCGAGAGGUUUGGCUUGCAGAACCAUCUUCGAACAUGUCGGCGUUACAGGCAUGCAGUGCUCUAGUCACAGGGGCAAACCGAGGCUUGGGUUUAGAAAUGGUCAAGCAACUCCUGGAGGCCCAUUGCUCAAAGAUUUUUGCUGCAUGUCGUGACCCGCAGGGGCCCAACUCUGAGGCACUGAGAGAACUGGCCAAAAAGCAUCCAGGUGUCAUCUCCCUUGUGAAGCUUGAUGUUGCUGAUCAAUGCAGUAUCAAAGAAUCUGCCGAAAAAGUUGGUUCUCUGUUGGGGAAGAACGGUUUGAAUCUGCUUGUGAAUAAUGCUGCAGUGUUGCCACAAAAAACCAUGCUGACUGCCACCGUUGAGGACAUGCUAAACACUUUCAACACCAACGUGAUAGGACCUUUAUUUGUCAUAAGGGAGUACCUGCCGUAUCUGCGUACAGCAGCUAAAGCCAAGGGCAAACCAGGGAUGUCAUGUGACAAAGCAGCUGUGAUCAACAUCUCCACGGAUGCGGCGUCUAUGAGCAUCAUGCCAGUACUGAAAGAACCAUUCCCAUUAUUCCCAUACAGCAUCAGCAAGGCUGGCCUUAACAUGUUGACCAUAUAUACCGCAAGGGACUUAAAGGCAGAUGAGAUCCUCUGCAUUUCCAUUCAUCCAGGAUGGGUGAGAACGGAUAUGGGGGGAGAUGAGGCGCCUAUUGAUGCCAGAGAAAGUGUGGAGGGGAUGCUGCGUGUCAUUGGGAGUCUCACUGAGAAGCAGCACGGUGCAUUUUUAGACUACACUGGAAAAACAAUGCCCUGGUGAACCAGAAAAAAAUCUUAAAAAGAGGAACUUUAUCAAAGGGCUGAUCCAGAUGACUUAUUUUAAUCAAUAUGAAUAAGCAUAGUCAUUAAUGGCUGACAUGUUUAAGACUUCAUUCUCUGUGUAUUUAAUACAAUAAAACAAACAAUACCACAAUUUUAUGUCUACACUGGAAAAACAAUGCCCUUGUAAACCAGAAAAAGUAUAAGGGUUGAUCCAGAUCAUCUAUUUUACAGAUUUUCAUAAUUAAAGUUACAAGUCAUUAAUGAUUAACUUCAUUUACUGCAUGUUCUAUAAAUAAAACAAACAAUACUUCAA